AUGAACUCUCAAUUGGCGCCUAUUUCUACUGGCAGUGUUCCUGACACGCCUAUUCCAUACUCCUACGCAGAUGCGCAUUAUUGGAAUUCUGGAAAUCUCAACUGGAAUUAUCUGAAUACUCAAGCCACUGACUACUCGGACUACACCUUAUAUUCCAACUACUACGCGUAUUAUUAUGCUCAAUUCUUCCAAAGUUUGAGUUCAAAUGUUUCUACUCCCUCUCCAACUCAAAUUCCUCAACGCGAACCUGCCACUAUGUUACCUCCGCUCAACUUUGAUUUCAAUGCCACGACUCCUAACCCUAGCUCACCAAGUACCAGCUCCACGUUGGCUCCAAUGCAACUAUCUGCCGAAAUGCCGAUUCAAUCUCUGACUACUGUAACAUGUGAAUCAACAUCUCGUCGGGACUCGAAAACUCGUCAAUGCACUAAUUGUUUCGUCACUAAAACAAGUCUAUGGAGAAACGUCACAUCCAGUGAAGGAAUCUUGUGCACUGCUUGCUUUACCUACAAAAGAAAAUACAAGAAGAACCGUCCAACUAAAGCAAUUGAAAGAUAUAUGCGUCGGAACAGAAAUUUAUAA